AUGAUGGCUCAAUUUAUGAUGGACUUAAAAACAGAACCAAGACUGAGUCCUUCACUCUACUCACCGGCCUCACCGAAAAUGGUCGACAGUCCCAACUGUGGACGGCCACAGUCGACCGAUUCGGGCGUACUGGAUCUUUCCAAGCGCCGCGACUCACUGGAAACGAGUCGCAAAACACCUUCUCCAUCGUAUCAUUGCUUCACCGAUAUCGCUGGUACGCCACCACCGAGUAACCACAGUUCACCGCAGUGCGAGGUAGCCUCAACGGCCGAGAGCUCCAUCGUGUUGAACUACAGCGAGCUGCUAGCCCGUGGACGCCACCUAUCACCAACGAAAUCCUUACUCCACUUCGACGAUCUUCACCAUCACCAUCGCCAGCAGCAACAGCAGCAGCAGCAUCCGGAACCAGCAGCUCUGAUCGCUCCUGCCGUGGCCUUUCAUCACGCGCUGGCACUCUCUAAGCCAGAAACCACCGAAAGUCUCCUUCAGCAGCAUCUCCUUCAGCGUGGUGGACCCAAUGGAAGCAUUCCUUCCUAUCUUCUGCCCGGAGUUCAUCACCACCAUCGCCAGCAUUCACAUCCGCAGCAACCAUUUGUCAAAGGAGCUAGCGGCGCACCAGCCCAGCAAACCCCUUUGGCACCCUUUUCACCCAGUCCGAUCCGUCUGCGCGAACUGGACGCCAUCUCGGAGUCCGGUUCCGAGGGAACGUCACUCGUCAGCUCGAGCCAUCAGCGUAAAGCUCCUGCCAACGAUGAUUCAACAACCAUGGCGAGCAAGAUGACCCAACAGCAGCAGCAGUACCCGAUGGUAGUUGGUCGCGAUGGGAAAUUGUCACGCCCGUUCAAGGCAUACCCAAAGGAUCCAUUGAGCCUGGCCGCCGGGUUCGUCGCCAGCGACACCAUUCUCGACACGAACUCGGCCGAAAAGUACAACCUGUUCCGCAAGCGCAUGCUGGAGCAGAUACACGCGGCCAACGGUGGUCAACCGACGGUUUCGAACCCGAAGAUGAGGCGCCUUGCGGCAAAAUCAUCCUCCUCGACGGCGGCCCUUAGCGAUGCAUCGUCGGAAUCGUGCGAUGAGAAGACCUCUUCUUCUUCGCAGCAACAGCAGCAUCAGCGCGCAGCAACCGCCAUAGCAUUCGAGUCAAAGAUGGCGACGAAAGAAAUGAAGCGAACCGGGACCAGCGCGGUAACCAAUCAGCAGCGGCUCGAUGAUGACGCAACUUCCCCCUCGCAGCAGCAGGACGACGAACGCCAUUGCGACAGUGACAGCAGCCAUCACAGUGCCGAUCGGUCCUGUGAUGUCACCUCUCGAACAGACACCGACGGUAACGAGCAGCAGCAGCAGCAGCAGCAGGACAAACACUUGGCAUCAUCGUCUACCUCUUCGUCCGGGGCACCGACAUCCGGUGUCAAGGAUUCGGCCUACUACGAGCGGCGCAAGAAGAACAAUGCGGCGGCAAAGAAAUCGCGCGAUCGGCGUCGCAUCAAGGAGGACGAGAUAGCGAUCCGAGCCGCGUUUCUCGAGCGGGAAAACAUCGAGCUCAAGUUCGAGCUGGCCGCGGCCCGCAAACAGUUGGCACUGUACGGUGUGACGGCUUCGGUUGCCUCGUAA